AAACCUUUCGCUGCAAUGGCAACCACCAAGGCUGCAAUGGCAACCAGCAAGAUGCUUCUCCCGGUCACUCUCUGCUUCCUCCUCGUGCUCGCAGCGGAGAGCAAGGAGGACGAUAAUACUGUCGUCGUCUUCUACGGCACAGCGCGAUGCAAGAUCAACACCUCCAGGAUCAUCAGCAAUGCUCCUUUGCAGCUGGUGAUCAACAACGCCACGAUCCCCGGCACCGGCAGGACGACGAGCACGGGCCAGAUCGUGAUGGCCGUGAGCCUGACCUCGGCACAGCAUCUGGACGCCCUGACGAGCAAUGGCAGCGGCAAGGCGUUCCUUGUUGCUCCUCCGCACGCCUGCGGCGCGCCAAGCAUUCCUCCCGGGAUGGCAGUCGCCGUGGAGGUGCACCCAACCGAUGUGGUUUCCGCCUCAGGUGGGCUACUCCGUCCGAUGAACAACGGCGGCCUGCAUGCAACGACGAACGCCGGCGGCGCCGCCACCAGCCACAACAAGGGUGCCGGUGACACUGUCCAUGCGCAGAUGCCAGCCAUCGCCGCCUCAGAUGGGCUGGUCCUUCCGGACGUCCAAAUGGUUUUGGCUAAAGUCAUCGAUCCUUUCGCUUGCCUGCUCCUAGGCUUUUUUGUAAUCGGUUAAUAAUGAAGGUGAACCUCCCCUAGUAUAUAAUAUAAUGAAAAAAUAAAUCUGUGAUGAAGGUCAGGUAUA